GAGCAGAAUCGCCUCUCCGGCUCGCCCUCAGGCCAGCUCCUUCACUGUCGCCAUGCACACCCCUCGCCGGAAACUUCUAUUCGGGCUACCUCCGGACCCGACGCUGCCGGUGGCAAAGCUCCUCUGUUCGUACACGAAGAAAGGCAGCAACUUUUCCAUCUACGCCGUCGCUCUCACCAUCUCCCUCUUCGGCCUCAUCACCUACGUCGGCGACAUCAAGACCAUGGCCCUCCUCUCGCCGUGGCAGAGAAAACCCCAGGAAAUCUCUGACGCAGGCCUCACCCAACAGCCGUCGGAAAUCGCCGGAGCGAACUUGACGGCGGAGGCGGUGGGCGUCGUGCCGGAGACGUGCGACCUGGCGCACGGCGAGUGGGUGUUCGACGACGUAGAGUACCCGCUCUACCAGGAGGAGGAGUGCCAGUACCUCUCUCGGCAGAUGUCGUGCUUGCAGAACGGCCGCCGGGAAGCGGCGUACCAGAAGUGGCGGUGGCAGCCCGCCGGUUGCUCCUUGCCCAAAUUCGACGCGAGGCUGCUGCUGGAGCGGCUCCGCGGGAAGCGUAUGCUGUUCGUCGGCGACUCCAUCAAUCGAAACCAGUGGGAGUCCCUCGUUUGCCUGAUCCAGGCCGUGGUGCCGCCGGAGGGGAGGAGCCGCCGGGUCGACGGAUCCCGAAUCAUCUUCACCGCAAAGGACUACGACGCGUCGAUUGAGUUCUACUGGGCGCCGUUCCUGGUGGAGUCCAACUCCGACAAUCCCAACUUCCACAGCAUCGCCGUGCGGAUCAUCGACGCCGAUGCCAUCGAGAAGCACGCAGUCCACUGGAAGGGGGCGGACGUGCUGGUCUUCGAUACCUACAUAUGGUGGAUGAACACCCUCGAGAUGCGUGUCCUCAGCCGACCAGGGGCGAAGAAUUGGACGGACCACGAUCCGAUUCUGAGGUACGAAGCUUACGAGAGAGUGCUGGGGACGUUGAGGAAUUGGCUGGAUCGCAGCGUCGAUCCCAUCAAGGCGUCCGUCUUCUUCAUGAGCAUGUCUCCGAUUCACUUCGAGAGCUCGUUCUGGGGCAACGCGGCGGGAAUCAAGUGCGCCAAGGAGACGCUGCCGAUCACGGACAUGGCCGGCGUCGUGUCGGGCACGGACAUGAAGAUGUUCGAGGUGGCCAAGAGGGUGCUCGGCUCUCCGGGGCGGCUCGUGCCGGUGGGCUUCGUCGACGUCACGGCCAUGUCGGAGCGGCGCAAGGACGCGCACACCUCCGUGUUCACGGUGCGGCAGGGCGGCCGGCUGCUGACGCCGGAGCAGCAGGCGCGCCCGGGCGAGUUCGCCGACUGCAUCCACUGGUGCCUCCCCGGCCUCCCCGACGCCUGGAACCAAGUCCUCUCCGCCCACCUCCUCGCCGCCCGUCGCCGUCGCUGACUCUAACACAAUUUUUAAUUCAAAACCAUAGUUCUUUCACUGAUUAACAAUUCUUAUAUUAUUACUGAAAAAUUAAAUCGAGAUUAAAUCAAUAUAAAAUUGAAUCAAUAUCUGUUAACUUGCGCAAUUAUCGAAGAUUAACAUCAACAUGUCGACAUUGCUGACUUUACGAAGGCAUGUGCAAUUAAUUAGGGAAUUCCAAUUGGCUGAGUAGAGUUGGAGAUGUCGACAU